GAAGUCGCGGCCCAUGCUUGAGUUUUUAAAACAUUUUGAUUGGACAACUGUUGGACAAUGUGAUUCGAGAAUAUUAUUGUUUCACAAGUUACAAGUACGAAUAAUUUGGCAAGAAAAAUAUAUUUUUUUGAGAAGACUGUGACAAGGACAACGUCGUAAUAUUUAGCUCAACCUAUUCAUCUCUGGGUUCCAUAAUGACACUCAACACAAAAUUGAUGCUACCUGUAGCAUUAGGUUUUUCAAUCGUAACUGUGACAGCAUUUGUGGUCUAUUAUGUCUUUAAAAAAGAAGAGGAAGGUGACAAAUCUGUAAAAACAUCAAGAGUCAAUGUAAUUGAAUUGCAGGUCCCCAAAAGCAUAAUUCCUGCUUUAAUUGGUCGCAAUGGCUCUAAUAUAAAGGAAAUAGAACAGAAGUCCGGUGCGCUUACGCAUUUUAAGAAGUUUAGUGACAAAGAUUACGAUGUAUGUAUAAUCCGUGGUCGAAGCAGUGCAACACAACUUGCCGAAACGAUGAUACAUAACUUUAUUAAACAGCAACCAAUCAUUGUUGCUGAUUCAAUGGAGGUCCCUGGGUCGAUUGUCGGCAGGAUUAUUGGCGCUGGUGGUGAAAGUAUUAACGAAAUAAGCCAUACGAGUGGCGCAAAAGUAAAAGUGGAGUCGUCACCUGGUGGGAACACCAACGAACCACGAAAGAUAUCGUUUAAAGGCUCCAAAGAACAAAUUGAGAAGGCUAAGAAACUUGUUGACACAAUUGUGGCCCAAGAGAAGUGUAGACGGGAGGUGGAGCAAGCCAAACGACCCCGCUUGCCCCUCGUCAGUCCAACUCCCCUGGCCACGCCCGAAACAGGUGAACGCACACCCGCCAAGCAUGUCCGCUAUAAGACGCCUGAACCCCCUGGUCCAUCGAUCGAGGUGUACGUGUCAGCGAUCUCUUCACCUUCGCGAUUUUGGGUGCAAUUCGUCGGCCCCCAAGUCGCUCAACUUGAUGAUUUGGUCGCACAUAUGACUGAAUACUACAGCAAUAAGGAUAAUCGUAGUGCUCAUGCGUUAAAGUCAGUAUCGGUGGGUCAAGUGGUGGCAGCGGUGUUUCGUCAUGAUGGUCGUUGGUACCGAGCCCGCAUCGACGAUAUCCGACCGAACGAAUUCGACGCCACACAACAGGUAGCUGACGUGUUCUACUUGGACUAUGGAGACAGUGAGUACGUCGCAACGCAUGAGUUGUGUGAGCUGAGAGCUGAUCUUCUUAGACUACGAUUUCAGGCGAUGGAAUGUUUCCUGGCGGGAGUCAAACCAGCUUCCAUGGAGAAGGAGGAACCGAAACCUGGAGACUAUCCGAAGUGGCACCCACAAGCGGUCGAGCGAUUUGAGGAACUCUCGCAGGUCGCACGUUGGAAGGCAUUACAAUCAAAGACGUGUACGUAUAAGCGUACGUCUACGCUUCGCGGAGACUUGUAUAAGGAGAUACCAGGGAUUAAGCUAUAUGACGUCACUGAUGAAGGAUCAGUGGAUAUAGGUGAAACAUUGAUAGCCGAAGGAUGGGCUGUCGCCACAACCUCGGGGACAUCUACGCCUCACCACAUCCACUCGCCCCUUACACCUUUUGGGGACUUAUCCAACUCCAGGGUCCUAGGAAUGCUCAACCCACGCGCUGCCUCGAUGCCCAAAGACCACAAAGAUGAUAGAGAAAUGUCACCCAUCACACCAGAUUCUCUUAUAAAUAACACAACAUCGAAAUCGGUGUCCGGCGGACUAGAGGCAGCGGAUAAAGUGAAGUCAGUCUCAAACUUCGAUCUCUCUUACGAGUCAAGUAUGCCGACCCCUACUAACGGUUCUCACGAGCUUCUCGAAAGCGAGCGUCGGAUCGAGAAUGAAACCCCAAAGGGCAACUUUAGGAACGAUAUUAAAGCGAAUAUGAAUCGAAUAGACUCGCAUCAUAGUAAUUUAGACAGUCUUGGGAGACAUGAUAAGUCAUAGAGUGUUUGUGUCAUUUCAUAGAAUAAUCGUAACCACGAUAUACGAAAGAAAACUUACUGAUAUAUUUAUAUUUUCUGAACAUUUUCAAUAAAAAGUGUACAGCAACCCUCGUAUAACACGGUAGGUUCCGCGUUAUAGAAAACGUCUUGUAUGAGUGUUCUCGCAUAACGCGCUAGUACCUUUUCAAAGGUGGGACUAUCAAAAAAUUUAAUACAUAAUGUUCAGCGCAUAAAUGUGUACAUUCAAAUCAAUAUUUGUUUAAAUGUAAUGUGUGCGGUAACCGGUGUUUUUUUACUAUCGAACUGUGACGUAAUAGUUGUCAACAUAUUUUCUUAAUUGACUUUAAAUCCCACGACAUUUUUCUCAUACAGACUAUUUUGAUUGUAUAAUUCGAGUUUCAAUAGUACGUGAUAAGUGGUUACGAAUUACAGUACAAAUAUAGGUGCUAAUUUAAUAUAAUAUAAGCAAUAUUUUCAUUUAAAUGCUCUUACGAAAGUAUUUUUGUAUUCAAAAUUAUAUUACGUUGUAUCGUAUUACAAAACAAUUUAAGUGAUAAACUUAUGAAAUAUCUCAGUGACAGUAAACUUAAUCUGUUUUUUGUAAAUAUAUCGUAAUAUUACCCCCAUUUAUAAAUUAAGUCAGUCUUAAUUAUCUAUUUAAAAACAGCACAUUUCUGUAAUAUUAGUAUAUUCGAACAACACUAAACACUUAAAUAAAAUUAAACAGUGGCGUGCAAAGAGGAGGGGCGGGCGGCAACUUUGGGGUCAACUUUAAGAACAAUAUACAAACAAAAGAAAAUCGCUAUAAAAAAUUUCUUUUUCAGGGAUUCCUCCACUAGCACUAGCUCAGGUAGGGGAUUCCCGCAAAAGAGCCUGAUGUUGUCUUGGGGGAUUCCCCGUCCCAUACUCGCUAUCUUUUAAUAAUUGAUCCAUGUCCUUUGUCAUAUAAAAUUAAUUGAUUUUUACUCUCGAUGGGGUGACACCAACAACCGCACUGGGUGCCACCCAAGGUUUCACUCCAGACUUGGAGCCGAGAGACGGAAUCUCCGGAGUGAACAAUGGACCACGUCUUCCUCGGUAAUGGCGGUUUUAAACCUCAACUCUGAUUGCUUUUAGUAAAAAAAUCACGAUUAUACACAUUUAUUUUAUAAGCGCCUUUAAGUAAAUUAGCAUUAACUUAAUAUCUAUUGGUUAAGUAGGCGAGCGAUUGUGAUCCGAAAAAUUUGGUUUCCGCCGUGAUUUGAUGAAGUGUGAAAGUGCUUUAGUUGUGUUAAGAUUGAUUUAUUUAUACAAAUGGGUACGUUUCCGAUUUUUUAUAUUAUGUCCCUAAAAAUAAACCAUAUUUCACUACAUUAAAAAGUGUCGUAUAUUGCAGCAUAAACAGUGUAACUGAUUUAGUUUAAUAUGAAAAAAAAAAAACAUUCUAGUUGAUGUUGUAUUUUAGUCUUAAGUCAUCUCGCAAGUACAUAACGCUUGUUACAUACUAACAUCCCACCUAGUUAUUCUGAUAUCUGUAAACUUGACUAUCUACUUCAAAAGUAGUUAUAAAAUGUCUAAUAUAAAUAAAUUUAAUAACUACAGUCUGAACAUUUAUUCAAUUUUUUAUUCAGUUUCAUGAGUCAGUGCAUUUAAAAUCAUUUAAAGUGUAAAUAAAUCUUACAAAUGGACAAAAACAUAGAGACUUUUUAAGUACAGUCGAACGCAAUAGGUUUUUUUUAACUUACAAUAAAAUAUGAGAUCGGAAGGGGUCGCUAAUGUAACUUGUAAACUUGAUAAGACGGAUAUCCGUGAUCAUUCUAUCGAAAAUAAUAAGACAUUUACAGUCAAGUUUAUAGUUAUUAGCACCCGAGCAUAAAGCACAACCUAGCUCCUAACAAUGAUCUGUGAUUGUUUAGAUAGAUUAGUUUGUAUUUGUAGAUAAUAAAAUUUUGAAACAUA